CCUGUCUAUAUGAGAGAUCACCUGCUUUCAUAGAAGGCAAUAUACUCACUGAGUAGAUUGCCCUCUAAACAGGAAAGGGCUGCGGACUGUGGCCUUCCAGAUAUUUUGACCAACACAAAAUAUUAAGAUAGAUUUAAACUAGGACAAUUAUUAAAACAAUGAAAUUAAAAUAUAAUUUAUAAAUCAAUAGAUAGUUUGAUAGAUAGAUAGCUGCUAAACACAAUUUAUUAAUACCAUACUGCACUCCAAGACCUUUUAAAGAAACAAGGAAGACAGACAAGACAACUAUGCAUCAGUGGCUCUCCUGAACGCAGCCAUGAGACCAUUUCUUCGUCAGCAGGAGGGAAGGGAGAUUUGGAAGGAAAUUCCAGCAUGUACUUUAAAUGAAGCUUGGCAUCUUCCAGAAUGGACGGAUUUCUGCUCUACCCUUGCUGCAUGCCUCUUACCUUCUGUACAGACUUCCGCAAGAGGCAACUUCCUGCCUAAUGUAACAAAAUCUACUUGCAAUUAGUAUUCAUUUAGAAUCUUUGUAACCCUGUGAAUGUGUUACAAAUACAAACACCAAAUUUUUUAAAAGGCAACACAGUCUUUUCCAAAUUCUGAUACAAACACGGAAGUAAACAGGUAACCACCUCCAACCUUUCCACUAUCCCAAACUCUAAAUUAUAUUUCAUUCCCAAUUUGGGGAUCAAAGUCCACAUUUUAAAAACAACUGUUCUUCCUAAAAACAGCAGAGAAAAAUGGGAGGACCCUCAACCACAAAAAAGCAAAUGUUUUGAUAUUGGAUGGAGAAGAACAAUGCAUAUUCCAAAAGGACUGGGAGUGAUAAAGAUUCUUUAUUUCAUCUGUGUUGAUUUCGCCUUAGGGGUCAGUUCACACAAAGAAAAGAAAAUGUGUGUGUUUUGUUCCAUUAAUUUUUGGAACAUAAAAAAGGGCCAAAAUCCACCAAGAUAAUAGGACUGGAAUGGAUUUGGGAUUUUUUUUCCAAAUGAGAGAAAACAAAAUGAUUUGUUCCUUCUUGGCAGUGUUUGAAGUCUGGCGUUGUCUUCUCUCUUUUCAUGCAUGCCUAAUUGUCACCAGCACCUCUCCUAGUUUUACAGGUGUUGAUGCCUCCAGUCCAACUAUGUCCGUUCCAAGUUUGGUACAGCUGUAUCAAUUCCCCAGGAAAAUCAGCACUUGAAAUGGCUGUGCUUGCUGUAGAAAUCUUUAUUCUCCCAGCUCUGCAGUGAUAAUGAGGAAUGACUGAGAGCCCAAGCAAAACUCAACUCUGCUCCCAGCCUUCCAAAGACAACCCUUUUUGAACACGAACGCGCAAAAGAUGUUGCGUGGAUGCUGGUCUCACUUUUGGGCUCUGGUGUCAGCUCUGCCCUGAGGGUGGUGCAGAGAGCACAUAGAGAGGUGUGUGUUUGCGUAUGUGUUUUCUUUCUUUACAGCUCCUUUAACAUGCAGGCUGUAGCAAGGACAUGAAAGCUGCACCUGCUUUUGCAAAGAGAAGCUGCUUAGAGAACGGCAGCUUUAGAGCAUCUCCGAGGAACCCAGCCUCCCUUCUGUCUCUCUUUCUUCCUCGUGCCUCUUCCAACUGUUGACGGAAUCUAGAAUUUUUCCCCUCCUACCUGAAGAAUGGAUUUUCUAGCAAAUCGCAGCCUUAGCGCGAACAACUCCAUGCUAAAUAUUUCUAACCCAGGACAAAACUUUUCCUACAACGGUGAUGCUCUCCACCUCUUGAGCUAUUCUGCCUUUAUCAUGCCCACCCUCUUUGGCAUCAUUUGCCUCCUGGGCAUCGUCGGCAACAGCCUGGUGAUCUGCACUGUCUUCAAGAAGCCCAGCCCCAGCAGCAGUGUGCCUGACAUCUUCAUUGUCAAUCUUUCCAUGGUGGACCUCCUCUUCCUCCUUGGCAUGCCCUUCCUCAUCCAUCAGCUGUUGGGCAAUGGAGCCUGGCACUUUGGGGAGACCAUGUGCACCAUCAUCACCGCCUUGGACGCCAACAGCCAGUUCACCAGCACCUACAUCCUCACCGCCAUGUCCCUGGACCGCUAUUUGGCCACCGUGUAUCCUUUUGCCUCUGCUCGCUUCAGGAAGCCCCCAAUUGCCAUCUCGGUCAUCAUUAUACUCUGGGCCCUCUCCUUCCUCAGCAUCACGCCUGUCUGGAUGUACACGCAGCUCAUCCCGCUGCCAGGAGGGCUUCUCGGCUGUGGGAUUCGCCUGCCGGACCCUCAACGAGACAUCUACUGGUACACACUUUACCAGUUCUUCUUGGCUUUUGCCAUCCCGUUUGCCCUCAUCACAGCAGCCUACAGAAGGAUAUUGUUGAAGAUGGCGAAGUCUUCCCAAGCGCUGACCGGCCAGAGAUGUACCAGCCUCCGGACCAAAAGAGUCACGCGAGUUGCCAUUGCCAUCUGCCUGACUUUCUUUGUCUGCUGGGCCCCCUUCCAUGUUCUACAGCUGGUCCAGCUGGCCAUGCAGCAACCCACCUUACCUUUCUAUUAUGCCUACAAUGUGGCCAUCAGCCUGGGCUAUGCCAACAGCUGCUUGAAUCCAUUCAUUUACAUCUUGCUAGGACAGAGGUUCCCCAGGAGGAUCGUAGUCUCUGUGAGGCCAAUGGAUGUCAGAGCGGAUCCCUCACAAAACAGGGUCAAAAGUCCCCGACGGGAAGCCAGUGAAUCUGGGCAGCCCCUGUUGCACUUGGUCCCGGUUGGAGCCAAGUGAAGAUCACAGAGGGGGGCAUGACCUGGUUAGUUAGCCACAGGGAUGGACAGUCUACAUAUUGUUGUGUUGAACUUCCUAUGCCCUGCCAAAGCUCUGAACAAAAGCAGCUAUGAUCAGAUGCGGCCAAUGCAGAUCUAUGAGAUGUGUUCUGCGUCAGUCAAAGCAGAUGGGCACCAUGGAGAGGCCACCAUCAUGCCAAAACAAACAGAAGUGUAGAAAGAGGCUUACGUAGGAAACAAAGCAAUUAACUAUCAGGUGUGUCUGGAUUAAGCAGCUAUUCAGUGAUCGAGUGGAUUUCUUGUUGCAGAUUACUCCUCAACAAACUAUGUUCUUGACCGGUUUAGAUUCCAGACCCAUGAAUUGGCUGGGAGCUGGUUGUUUUGUCUUUUUCCUUCCUCAGUUUUGUUAAUUCUGACUGCUUGCUUCUAGUGAUUGACUUCCAAGCAUUUGGUCCUACAACUCCAUUCACUUCCCUGUGACUGCCAUGCUCAACUAGAGUCACACUUUCCUGGCCGUUGCUGCUUCUAAUACACAGGGUAUUUGUGUUUUCAUUCAUGGAGGAUCACAGUAUUUGUUUGCAUAGCAGAAUUUGUCAACCAACAUGAAUGGAUUCAAACAAAAUGAAUGGGCAGGGCUGUGGCACAGCUGGCUAGUAACCAGCUGCAAUAAAUCACUACUGACCGAGAGGUCAUGAGUUCGAAGCCUGGGUCAGGUUAAGCCCCCGACCAUUAAAUAGCCCGGCUUGCUGUUGACCUAUGCAGCCCCGAAAGACAGUUGCAUCUGUCAAUUAGGGAAAUUUAGGCACGCUUUAUGCGAGAGGCUAAUUUAACUAAUUUACAAUAUCAUAAAAAAACUGCCAGCAAAACACGAGGAAAGGAAUGAGGAAGUACAGCCACUAGUGGACAGUGAAGCAACAGCUCCCCCUGUGGCCGGAAUCAUGAAGCUGGAAAAAAAUGUUAAAUGCCUCUGUGUCUGUCUAUAUAUGUUGUUUGUCUGUUGGCAUUGAAUGUUUGCCAUAUAUGUGUUCACUGUAAUCCGCCCUGAGUCCCCUUUGGGGUGAGAAGGGCGGAAUAUAAAUACUGUAAAUAAAUAAAUAAAUUCAAAGGAG